UAAGAAUGAAUGAUUUCUUUCUUGAUAAUGUAACAGGUGAUUUAUACAGUUUUAAUUAUGAUACUGGAGAAUGGGUAAGCAAAGGAAAUGCUGGAUUACAUAGUAGAAGAGCAGCUGAAGAAUUUAAAACUAUAGGCAAAUAUAUUGUUAAGGCUCCAUAAUACAAAGUAUCUAGAAUGAAAGAAAUUGAUUAACUUUAUGUUUCAAAAGAAAAUGAGAUAGUGUGUAAUUUGAGAAAGAAUUCUAUGCAUAACUAUUUAUUUAAUGGUUUGCCUUUUGAAUUUGUGGUUCCAUUUAAGAAUUCAUGGGAUGUUCAUCCAUUUAAUUUUGUCAAUCCAAAGAAGACGUUUUAAACAAUGGCUGAUUGUGAAAAAGGUACUCCAUCUAUCUUUACUGAUAGGACCCCUUGUGAUUUAAGUUACAGAUAAUAUUGUAGCUACUUAAUUCUCUAUACGUUCUAAGUAUAAGGAAACAGUUCAAAUAAUGCGUAAUUUUAUGGGAUAUUAAUUAAGUAUUAUAAUAUUUUAUAUAUAGCCAAAUUAUGUUCUGGUAGAUCACAAACAAUCCCUAUUGAAAUAGCAUCUAUAAAAUAGAAUGAUAAUGCAAUGGAUAUUUAUUUAGAACAUUUAGGUCGUAGUAAAUAUCAUAACUAAAAAACCAUUAAAUUUAAUGUUAUUACAGAAUUUCAUCAUGCAGGAUUUGCAGCUAAGAAAUCUAAUCAAUUAGAUGUUGUAGUCAAUAAUGCAAUUGGAAAAAGAAAAUUUAAAUAAACAAUUUAAAAAUUAAAUCCAAAAGAUUUGGACAGAUUAUUAGAUUAAGUAUAAAUCAAAAUAAUUAUUUUUGUUAGAAUUCAUCUUUGCCAUAUUAACCUCUUUAAAAUGAUUAAGAUCGUUAGCCUAGUAUAUAUAGUUCUUAACCCCAAUAUAAUAUUGAGGAAUAGCCUUUGGUAUUCAAUAAGACAGGUGCAGAGAUUAUUUAAUUUCUCCAUCCAUCUAUUGAUAAAUCUUUAUUUCAAGAAUCAAAACCACUUUGGGUUCCUGGUUAUUUGUCUUAAAGUAGAUUACAAAAGAGUUAAUUGCAAUAAAAAUAGAAUACCACAGGUGAAGAGGGUUUAUCUACACCUUUCUUGACAGAAUAAAAACAGAUUACUACUCCGAGGAUACCACGGACUACUUCAUAACAACAUUUUAGAGUGAUUUAAAAAGAUAAAUGGAUAACAAAUAAGAAUUUUAAAGUAUGA